AUGUCAGCAAAAGUAGCAAGCAAUAAAGAAGCACCAUUAACAGAAGAUAGUGUUAGUGAUCUUUCAAGUGAUGGCGUUGAAGCUGAAGGAGUUGAUCAAACUGAAAAUAGUGGAGCUGAUGCAAUGAUUGAUUCUGAACCAGCCACAGAGGCAGGUGUUAUGAAACAAGCAUUUGGAUUCAUUAAGAAUCAUCUUAAAGUUGGUGCAGAUAUGACUAAAUUACCAAUUCCAGCAACAUUUGUACAACCAAUUAGUUUCUUAACAGCAAUUCAACAACAAUCAGCAAUUUUUUCACAUUUAUUAACAAGUGCACCAUAUAUUAAAGAAGAUGAUCAAAGAUUUUUACAAGUUUUAAAAUAUCAUUUAACAUGGCCAAAGAUGUAUUUCCCAAAGAAUCCAUUGAAUCCAAUUUUAGGAGAAGUUUAUGAAUGUCAAGUUCAACAUACAGAUGAGAAGACCAAUGAGGUGAUUCAAGGUGAUAUUACACAUUUCACAGCCGAACAAAUUUCACAUCAUCCACCAAUUUCAUGUUUUAACUUUUACAAUGAUAAACAUAAGAUCAAAUUUGAUUCAAAACAACAAAUCACACCAGUAUUCAAGGGUAAAUGUAUUCGUGUCAAUAUGGAUGUAAAGACUUGUAUCACAUUGGAGAGAGAGGGUGGUGUCACCGAGACCUAUUUCAACGAUAAAUUCACAGAGGGUUAUCUUCGUCUUUUGAGAUGGAAAUUUGAAUUCACUGGUAAAUAUAAUUUUGUUUGUCCAGAAACUGGCUAUAGCGCAGUCAUCAAUUUCAAGGACAAACCAAUCAUUGGUGGCAAAUGGCACGAUCUUCAAAUCAUAGUUAGCAAAGGUACCGAACCAAUCUAUGAUAUUCAUGGUACUCAUGUUGAUAUACUUACCAUCACUAAUCUCAAAGAUAAAACAUCUGGUGUCUUUAUAAAUUACAAUACCAUGCGUUCUGAACCAGUCAUCGAGGAACCAAUGGAACAAUUAAAAGAGAAUGCUUCUCAAAAGGUUUGGAAAGGUGUUGCUGAGGGUUUCGCAAAGAAAGAUAGUAGAAAGGCUGGUCUUGAAAAACAAAGAAUCGAAGAUCUUCAAAGAAAGAAAGCAAAAGUAAAUUUGGCAAAGGAUCCAAAUUUCAUUCAUAAACCACACUAUUUCAUUCAUAAUCCAAAUCUUCCUGCUGAUUGUGUAAAACCAGAUUAUAUUUUUAAAAAACCCGUUGAAUCUUCAACUCCAAACCUUUCAAAAGUUGAUUCUUCUGCUAAAAUUGAAAAUUCAAUUCCAGUUGAUAAUUCAAUUCCUCAAACUACUAAUUAA